UUUCUUUGUCCGCAUCAGCUAAAUCCCAGGGCAUGGUCGUCGGCAAAUCAGGCGUUUCACGCUUUCCGAAGUCAAGACGGGCCUGCCAGUCGGUGACAGUGUUGGCAAGUGAACGGAUCGUUCGUAUUCCGGUGGCCGGGUUUUCCGCGUUCGGGACUUGUUCUGAUAAGUGUCACCGGAUUCCGCGUUGCUGUCUGCGCGCGUGCCAAACUUUGAUUUGAACACACUCUACGGAUGUCGUCGCUUGAAGCUAGUGUAACGUGUUACGGAAUAAGCGAUUAGCAGAAGGCGAUCCGAUUAACGAACAUACAUCCUGUGGAUGAUUGUUCUACAUGGAUAGUUCCAGGAAAGCUAUUUACAACUGAAACAAACAACAUACAAUACCUACAUUGGACCGAACUGUGAUGGUUGAGGAAAAUAUUUGCUUACGACUGGAUCGAGCGUAAUUGCCAUGUAUAUCAAAUCCGGCCACCGCUUUCUCGGUGACAAAGGCCAGAUUGUGUUCCCGGGACCGCCCACUCGUUCAUCUUAUUCGUUCUCCUACACGAACCCACCAACUACCAUCGGAAGCAGUAGCAGCACGACAACAGCUGAGCCCAUCUCGAUCCUCCCGGAUUUUGCUGCUGUAGGUAUGCCGGACGCAGACGAUGACAGCAACUACAUUGACAUGUGGCGUAGUAAGUCAGCCCAGAGCUCAGACAUGCUGUCGGACAAGAUUCAAAUGUUCUACAUCUACAUCACCGUUACUAUUACUUCCGUUUUCGUGCUGAUUCUUCUGGGUAUUCUUGGCUACAUGUGUUACAAACGGAAAGGAUUUCAAAACAUCGAAAACCAAAGCGACAUCGAAAUAACGCGGCGCCAAAGUAGCCGGAGAAGAUCUCGGAGCUACUCCCGUAACUAUUCCAAAGAAAGAGAAGCCGAGAAUAAUCCUGAACGGACCUUGCUUCAUUAGAGUAUUGUUGAUGUUUUGAUGGUAUUUUUCUAGUUUGUAUCUUAAGCUGAUUUUUUUUCGAUUAAAAAUAUUCUUCCAAGAUUGAACCUUUUAUAACAGGUGUUUUUUAUAUUACUAUGAAUAUAUGGAAACAGUAAUUGGAAAA